GCGCGUCCUUGCUCUGCCACUUCUUUGCACCUUUCCAGUCCAGGUCUCCCCCAAACCCGGGGCUCUCACUCGCCUGUUUGCUGCUUCUGCCGCCGCCGCCGCCGCCACUGCUGCCGCCUGGACCAUGACCAGCUGCUUGCAGCUGCAGAACUGCCGGGCCCUGCGCUUGGCCUGGCCGCCUCCGGGCGCCAAUCCCCGCCCCCGCUGCCCUCUCUCUCUCCCGCCUUUGCCUGAGGCGGGGCCCGGUCCCCACCCGCUCCGAGGCUACAGCGGGGGUCCGGCCGUGCUCCCAGGGGCCCUGCUGCGCACCGAAUCCUUUGUGGGGGGCCGCUGGCUGCCCGCCUCCGCAGGCACCUUCCCAGUGCAGGAUCCGGCUAGCGGUGCCCAGCUAGGGCGAGUGGCCGACUGCGGGGCGGCCGAGGCCCGGGGGGCCGUGAGAGCCGCCCACCAGGCUUUCUGCAGCUGGAGGGGGGUCUCCGCCAAGGAAAGGAGUUCAUUACUUCGAAAAUGGUAUGAUCUGAUGAUAAAGAAUAAAGAUGACCUUGCCAAGAUAAUCACAGCUGAAAAUGGAAAGCCCCUAAAGGAGGCCCAAGGAGAAGUUCUUUAUUCGGCCUUUUUCUUGGAGUGGUUUUCCGAAGAAGCACGACGCAUUUAUGGAGACAUCAUUCAUACCCCUGCAAAGGACAGGCGGGGCCUGGUCCUGAAGCAGCCUGUUGGGGUGGCUGCCAUCAUCACCCCAUGGAAUUUUCCCAGUGCUAUGAUUACCCGAAAGGUAGGAGCAGCUUUGGCAGCUGGUUGCACAGUGGUGGUGAAACCUGCAGAAGAUACACCUCUUUCUGCCCUGGCUCUUGGUGAGCUUGCCAACCAAGCAAGAAUUCCUGCAGGUGUCUAUAAUGUGGUUCCCUGCUCUCGUGAGAAGACCAAGGAGGUCGGGGAAGCUCUUUGCACUGAUCCAUUGGUAUCCAAAAUUUCUUUUACUGGUUCGACAGCAACAGGAAAGAUUCUGUUGCACUAUGCUGCUGACUCCGUGAAGAGGGUCUCCAUGGAGCUAGGGGGGCAUGCCCCAUUUAUCGUGUUUGACAGUGCCAAUGUGGACCAGGCGGUGGCAGGGGCCCUGGCUUCCAAAUACAGAAAUUCUGGUCAGACAUGUGUUUGCUCCAAUCGUUUCUUGGUGCAAAGGGGAAUCCAUGAUUCCUUUGUGAAGAAGUUUGCUGAAGCCAUUAAUAGAGAGCUGCGUGUAGGUCAUGGAUAUGAGGAGAGAACCACGCAAGGCCCAUUGAUUAACGAAAAAGCAGUGGAAAAGGUAGAGAAACAUGUGAGAGAUGCAGUUUCCAAAGGAGCCACCAUUGUGACAGGAGGGAAAAGGCACAGCUCUGGGAAAAACUUUUUUGAGCCAACCCUCCUUAGCAACGUCACCCCAGACAUGCUGUGCUCUCAGGAAGAAACUUUUGGCCCCCUGGCACCAGUUAUUAAAUUUGAUACAGAGGAAGAAGCCCUUGCUAUUGCCAAUGCAGUGGAUGUGGGUUUAGCAGGUUAUUUUUACUCUCAGGAUCCAGCCCAGAUCUGGAGGGUGGCUGAGCAGCUAGAAGUUGGCAUGGUUGGAGUUAACGAGGGACUGUUGUCCACAGUAGAAUGCCCUUUUGGUGGGGUGAAGCAGUCUGGUCUUGGACGAGAAGGUUCAAAGUAUGGUAUUGAUGAAUAUCUGGAACUGAAGUAUGUGUGUUAUGGUGGCUUAUAGGAAUCACCAGGUGUUCUGUAGCUUAGGGGGAAAAAAUCCCUCUACAGAUGUUAGAGAAGUGCCAUCUAAUAUGUUUUUAAUAAACCUUUGGAGUCCUUAUAAAUGACCUAUAAAUGUGAAUUUAAAAAAAAAACCUCAUCCAGUCCCACAUCAUCUUGUGUGUUAGCUGAUAGCGCUCCUCAGAUGCUUGACUGGAACAAAAAAUGAAACCUGUAAGUGUCCUUCCUGCUUGUAGUGUAUGCUGAGGUUGAGUUUCAGGUAGUGAUUUCCAGCCUUCACGGUGCUGCCACCUGCUACUGAGAAUGCAACAAGAAGGUCCCUCGUGCUGUGGUUAGGAGUGGGUGGUUAGUACUGGGAGCACCAAAAUAACCAUAUCAUAAGCCCAUUUCACCUCUGACAAGGCUCCAUAGCAUGGCAGGCCUGGGUGUGCAGAGGAAAUGCCUUCUUGCACAUUCUCACUGCCUAGGCAUUGCAAUUGAGGUGCAAUCUGGUCUAUUUUUAAAAACAGUUUGAAAUAGUACAGGGUGUCUGUGUUUCUUUGUGGACAGAAGGAACAUUUCCUCUCUUUUUCUGUCUCUGGCUCACUUCUUAAAAUUGAAGUCUACAAUUUGUGUUUACUGAAAGGGAAAAAAAAUUGUGUAGGCUGUUUCACUUCUUUUCCUUAUUUAAGAAGUAAGCAGGGGACUGAAGCUGAGAUCUAUGAGUUUGGAGAAGGAGCUCCAGACUGGAUGUCAGGAUACCUAGUCUUAAGUAUCUAAAUUGUGCAGUUUUGGCAAACCAUCAUGUCUCUAGCCUUUGGUCAUCUCAUCUGCAAAAUGGUUAUACAUGCCUCUUCCUAAUUCAUGAGGAUUAAAACUGUGCCCAGGUCUUCAUAGAAAGAAGGUGUCUCUUUUGGAAAAAUGAGAGUGCCAUGUAAGUACAAGCUGUCAUUAUCAUAGCUUGUAGCCCUUUGCAGUUUGCAAAUGACUUUCUGGGCAAGGAACUAGAGGUAGGUGCCACCAUAUUAUUAUCUUCAUUUUACAGAUGAGGAAACUGAGGCUUAAAGCAGCUUAUACAUGAUUAUAUUGCUAAUAAGUAGUGAAGGUAGAUUCUCUAACAUAUGGCCCAAUGUUCAUCCCACUACUCUAGGCUGCUUUUCUACUGUUUUGAUCCUAUUUUCAUUAUGAUUAUUACUGUUAACAUCAGUGUCCCCAAUCAGCUCUACUCUUGGCACUUAGAUGUACAGUGGGGUGCACUCACAGGAGCACCUUAAUACAGGAUACUCUGUGUUAGUGACAUUCUGGCUGGCCCCACUCCAUGUACAAGAGGACUGCCUUAAGUUUAGUCCUGUGGGAGACCAAGUGGUGUUCACCUAUGGCAGUAGUAUGAAAUUCAAAUAGAAACAGGAAGCCACUAAAUCAUACAAAACCACAUAUGAUCAUUGCCUAUGUUCCAUUGUAUUUGUUUUGUUAAUUUGUUAAUUUUUAAAAUUAAUUUAAUUUGUUAAUUUUUAAAA